UUCUCGUAUAUUUUUCUUCAUUUCCUUUGUAAACAGACAUUUUCCUGUACCUACUACAUGUCAAUGAAUUGGUUCACUUCGUCACCCAAACUUGCAAUCCUUGACACGUAGUUUUUAACAUUGAGAGAAGACGGAAGUAGCUUAUUUUGUUUCGGGAAUUUAUUAGGGUAUUUCAUUUAAUAUUUCUUUCCUGUGAUUAGAUGUGUUUUGAGGAUUUAUGGAAUUUGCAGAACCUUACGCGUUAGACUCCUAAAAUACGUGUUGACGUUGAAAAGCAAAAUAAGUUGACUCAUAAUUUACCUAAAUCUGUAAAUAAAUAUAGAAUUAAUUCAUUAUGGGAAAAAGGAAACCAAGCAGUAACGUUCAGGAUGGAUUGCAAAGAAGUUUCUCAGAAUCCAAAGUUUGGGACUUUCUAGACGCGACCGUGGAUCGACAUUUUAAAGAAAGACGGCCAUCAAUGGAUGUUAAAGUCACUAAGCAAUUGCAUAAAAGAAAGAAAGAAAAUUAUGAUAUUUCCCAAAGAGGUGACAAUUCCGAAACCAAAUAUAUCUCCGUACCAGAUUUACAGGACGGUGUACGGAUUUCACAGUAUCCUAAAUCAUCUAAUGGAUUAAAUAGGUCCCAUAGUCUGAAUACUACGGGGACGGACUCUGGAAAUUCUGCUAUGAGUAUUACUUAUCGAGAGCAGCGUUCGUAUGUCGCCGAGACUAACAAUACUGGAGAAAAUGAUAUACUACCAAUAGAUUACCAUAACGCUUCAACGGAUAUUGAUGAGUCCGAGGAUGAAAACACCCAAAUGAAAAGCAUUCACGAACUUCGGUUCGCAGGUGAGAAACAAAGAACUAUGGAUGAAAUAGAAUAUUUAAUAGAUGGAAUAUCAUCAAAAACGAACUCUGCAAACUCAAGAUAUAACAGCUUUUUGGAGAUUUGUGAAAAAGUAUAUGACCGUAUGUUCCGAAUUUGUCUAAAAUCUUCGCAAGACUUCCAGCAGCGCAUCUUCUCAGAAAUUUUUCUUGAAGAUAAGUUACAGACGAUUUCACAAACAUAUAUCUUUUCUUCGAUGGCAGACGAAAAUGACUUUUCUCAGUCUCUCUUGGAAAACUGUUCUGAUGACAUAUAUAAUUUAUUCCAUUCAGCCAUUACUGAACGAGAUCAACGACCGAUACAAUCCCUUAUUCAAGCUUAUUCUAAAACCGUUCAAUCCUCAUUUCGGGGACUAUUCAAUCAUCCCUCUCCGCUAACAAAAGAAUAUAGUAAUGAGACUUUAUCCACUUGUAAUCUAUUAUCUUUAAUAGGUAUCGCAUUAAUGAAGGCUUAUGAUGGUCCUUUUGGCAGCCAUGAUCUCUUUCUAAGAUUAAUGAAGCUAGAAAUUGAACAUGCCGUACCAUUUCUUUUGAAAGAUGGGAUCAAGCAAACAUUUCUUUUGUUUUCUCUCACAUCUACCCUUGAUAAAGCAGAGAAUUUUACCUGGGAUGAUGGUGUUUUAAAGAAACUUUGUGAUCUGUUAUCCUUUCUUCUAAAAUCAACACUCAAAGACAAUGGAAUAUUGAAAGAUAGGGGUUCAGGUGAUUCUCCUUGUUUUUUAAUUAUUUCUUCUUGCGAAAAAUUAGUUCGAACCUUGAUACGUUCUGUCAAUUCAGACAGCUCUUCAGUUUCCACGCUUUGUAAUUCUGAGCUUCCGAAACAACUGUUUGAGGUAUUAAAUGACAGGAAUUUUUUUAAAAAUAAGUCCAACAUGGAACUUCUUAUGAUGAGCUUAGGUCUUCUACUAGAAAUUAGUGAAGAAUCCAAAGUGUUUGUCAUGAAUCUUCCGACAAAGCAAGUGAGCACGUCUAAAACCAUGUUAGACGUUCUGCUUCAAUUUUACAAAGAACAGAAGUCUAAAGUUGAAUUAAGUGGAUAUGCUGCUAUGAUAUUAAUUCAUUGUAUCAUCACUGAUUCACAGACGUUUGAACAAAUCAUACCCAUGGCACCUCAGCUAAAAGCGACUCUUAUUGAAUUUAAGAAUUUUCACAUUAGUUUAAAAGAAGAAUUAAUGUUAUUUGGUGCGCAAGGUCUUGCUAUAGUUUCUAUAGUUGACGAUACUUUAGACUCACUUGAGAAGACCUUAAGGUGACGGACGCCUAGGAUCUCAGACCUAAC